AUGUCUCAAGAAACUGGCAUAUUCUCUGUGCGCCGCCCUCGGGAAACGCUGGGUGGGAUUAACUUCAACUCGAACCUGCCACAACCUGCUUCAGCAUUAAAGCGCUCUAAUUCGAUGUCUGGAAAUCACAACGCGCCGUUCACAGCAAGCCAUGGGCGAUCAAUAUCAGGUUCGCGCGCCUCGCUCGCGCCCUCGAGACCAAAUCAACCGCAGUUUGGAAGAUCGUCGUCCGGUACAAACUUGGCUGAACUAGGAAUGUCAUCGGUGAAGAGGUCAUCUUUUCAAAAUAGCGCUGCGAGGAAGAGCUUUGCGCCUGGCGGAAUGGGCCAGCAAGAACCCACCGAACGACGAGGGAGCAUUUAUAGAUCGCGGGCUUCUUCUGGCGGACCUAUGGCUCACCAAAGUUUCUUUCAACAAGCACCUCAACCCGCGGGCGUACCGAAAGACCCGCGUCCGCUCAAGGACCGAUCAUACCAGACGAAGAUUGGCCAAGAGCUGUUGGAUUACAUGGCACAAAACAACUUCGAAAUGGAGAUGAAGCAUAACAUAUCUGGAAACACUAUAAAGUCCCCGACCCAAAAGGACUUCGUCUAUAUGUUCCAGUGGCUUUACCAUCGGAUUGAUCCUAGUUAUCGAUUUCAGAAGAGCAUCGACCAAGAAGUCCCACCCAUCCUAGCCCAAUUACGGUAUCCCUUCCAAAAGAGUAUCACCAAAAGCUCGCUCAGCGCAGUGGGAUCAGCAAAUUCAUGGUACAUCUUCCUAGGGCUUCUUCACUGGAUGAUGCAGCUCGCUGUGAUGCUAGAUGGCUACGGAGCCAACCACUACGAUGACGCCUGCGCGGAUGCCGGUAUCGAUGUUAGUGGUGAUAAGAUCGUCUUUGAAUUCCUUAGUCGCGCAUACCGUGACUGGCUAUCCAUGGACGAUGAUGCCGCGGACGACGAUCAAGAUCGGGUCCUAGCUCCACAUGUUGAAGCAAUGGCGCAGGAAUUUGAUGCUUCAAACGCUAAAUAUUUGAAUGAAUUAAAGAUGCUAGAAGCAGAAAACGGGCGUCUUCAGAAGGAUAUUGAGGUUUUGGAGAAGUCAGGUUCCGAUGUUGCCACCUUGGACCGCAAUUUCAAGAUAAUGGAAGAGGAUAAGGUGAAAUUCGAGGAGUUCGACAAUCGAAUGAACCAAAAGUCAGAGAAGUACGAAGCACGUAUUCAGUAUUUACAAGAAGAGCUGGAUAAAGUCAUGCAAGAACUAAAGGAAGCCGACGAGGAGCGAUCAAGUCUGCAGCAAGCUGUCGACGAUCAAGGUAUCAGUACGGCAGACAUUGAUCGGAUGACGACGGAAAGAGAGCGCCUCCAAAAGGGGAUUGAGGCAACAUCUUUGAGGCUUGAGGAAGCAAAGAAGAAGGUAUCCGAGAAGGAAGGUGAAGCUAGUCGAAAGCUUGAUGACCUGGAAAGAAUGGUUGAGAAAUACAACAGUAUUGGAUACCAGAUUGGUCUUAUUCCAUCGACGGCGCCAAACGCUAAAGGAAAGAACUUCGAGCUUCAAGUAAUGGCAAAUGAAGGCCCUAAUUUUUCGGCUUCUCAAAUGGGUGCAUCCAGCAGCGGGAGCCCAGAAAGCGACAGACUGCUUGCCGAUGCUGUCACUGGUUACCAACCCGCCCAUAUGCUCAAUUUAGAUCUUCGCGGGCAAUUGAAACCUAGCUUUCUAAGUCUUAGGAAAGAGAUAUCGGAGCGUAGAACGGUAGCCAUGGACGAGAUGAUGAAACACCACGACUUACUCGAUGGCAUUAAGGAAGCCAUCGAAGACAAGCGAGGUGAGGUGGAAGCUCUGGAACACCGAGUUCGAGCUGCGGAAGAGGAGUACGAGAAGACAAAAGAGAUCACCCAUACACAGAAGCUAGCUUCUGACACACAAAUUGAGAAGAUGGAGAAAGAAUUGGCGAAGAUGCGAGCAGGUCUUACUGAAUCUGUCCAGCUUAUGGAGCAGCGAGAGAUGAACACAAACAUUGAGUUUGAGCAGCUCACUCUCCGAGCCAACUCCCUACGAGAGGAAUUGCAUACAGAAAUUGAGAAAAUGUUGAACGACAUUAUCAGAUUCAAGGUCCACAUACAAAAGAAUCUCGAGGAUUACGAAGGCUUCGUUUCUGACGAAGUAGAGAAGGAACUUGGAGGCAACGACGAGGUUCUUGAUGAUACCCAGGAUGUUGAGAUGAGCUAG